UCAGACAGUGGCUUCCUGUCAGCACGAUAUUGGAAUUCUACAAAUAUUCUCGAUUGUCAGCAGAGCGUAUACCUUCCGGAAUUCUUCUAGUACAAUUUUCAAUCACAGCCAUGGGUGAAAAAAAGAGGAAAGCGGGCUCAGAAAAGAGCGACCGACCGUCCAAGAAAGCGCAGACUGAUCGAGUACGGGUAUCUCAUGUUGCCAGUCCAGAUAUUGCCAAACCAGUUAUUGCAUCCUCCCCUGGAGUGACUCUAUCCAAAGAGUUGGCCUUCCAAUCCUUCUCCAACCAGAAAUCCUCGAAUCUGCUCCUUCACUCCAGCACACACCCCACGAUUGACUACACGGCAACGGAAUCGAGUGUGACGGACGUGGGUGAGAAACAUAUGAAACACUACAUUGCCGUCUUCGACCCAGCAUCGAACAAACUCCAAGUCACUGAAGCCAAGCGAAUGACCAUCCGAAGCAGUGUCCGACAGGUCCCAUCCACCGCGGAUGACGGGGAUGAAGACGACGAGCAGCAACGAAGCCAACCAUCGUCACAAUACACGCGAGCCGCCCUCACUGAAGCCUUUGGCACGAAGAAAUCCAGAAAAGCCGUUGCUGCAGUAGCCGAGAAUCGGCUGUUAGCCCAGGGCGGAGGCGACAAGGCAGACGACCCAAUUUCCCGCGCCAUUCUAUCUUCCGUCGAUGAUAUCGACGACGGUCUCCUCAUUCACUCAAUCAACAGCGAAGAUGGCACAGCAUCAAGAGCCAACAAACCCCUCCCACAGGCCGACCUAUCUGCCACCGAGAUCAGUCAAGUCUACCCACUCCGAUCACUGGUCUUCCCCCACCCCGCCACCACAACCCUAUCCCAAAUGCCCACAGCAAGUUGGAAAAACCGUGUCGCAAACAAAAAGGAAGUCUCCACAAGAUCACGCUUCGUAUCGAGUCGCGUACAGGACGUCGUGCAACGACACCUCGCCGAGCCCGAAUCGCGCGAACAUUUACAAACCAUGCAACUCCUCCGCUACAUCUUGGUCCUCAUUGAGAUGCACACGUACACGACCCGUCUCCCUUCUCGCCGCCCUGUCCCUCCACCUGAGAAAUGGCCCGAACGAACCAUGAGCAAUGACACCACCCUAUCAACCGGAUUCCUCGCCGCCGUCGUGAGACAUUUCUUCCCCAUGUCCGCCGGUGGCUUACCGACCACACAUGCCAAAACGUUAUUGACCACAACGAUUCUCGCACUAACGCUCCAAAUCCCACCACCGAAAUUCCGUCCUGGAGCAGAAAUCCUGGUUGCCGAUCCUACUGAGAUUGCAUUGGACUUGGCUCUGCAGCCAAAGGAUGUGUCGAAGUUGUAUCGCGAGUUGGGAUGUAAGAUGGCACCGGUGAGUGAUGCGGAGUUGAGGAGUUGGGGGUGGGAUAAAUUGGCGGAUCGCAUUGGGAAGAAGGUGACUGGUGCGGAUGGAGAGGAAAUCACAAUUCCUCGUCCGAAAUGGCCGAAGUUGAAAUUUCCGAUUGAUUUUCCAAAGGUCAGUGCGGGGAGACCGAAGCAGAGAUGAAGGUGACGAGAUAUGAAAGAUAGAUAGACAAUGUAAUCGAAAAGGGCUGGACUGAGGAAUGACUUGAGCUAGUACACCACCCAAA